UGGCGACAUAAAGCUGCAUGGCUUUCACGUGAUUGUAUUUCUCUUUCACGAAGUCAAAUAUCGUGAAGUAUCACGAAAAACAUAAACCGGUGUGUAUCGUGUCGUGUAGCGUGCUGCGAUCUCUUCCGAUUACAUUUGCAGUUAAUUUCCGAAAUAAGUAAUAAGGAAUAUGCAUCGCAUUGCACUUAUUUCUUGACGAACAUCUAGGUUAUCAAAGACAAGAACGUUUGCAGAAAGUUUAAGAAGAAUCGUUUAAGAAGAAUCGUGAAUUUACAUCAACAUGGGACGUACGGUGACUGUCGCCGUUUGCACAUUAAACCAGUGGGCAAUGGACUUCGACGGGAAUACGAGGAGAAUUUUGCAGAGUAUACAAGAAGCGAAAAAUGCUGGCGCUACUUACAGGAGUGGACCGGAGCUCGAGAUCUGUGGUUAUAGCUGCGAAGAUCACUUUUAUGAGUCAGACACGUUACUGCAUAGCUGGGAAGUUUUGGCGAGCCUUCUAAAAUCCAGCAUUUGCGAAGAUAUAUUGAUAGACGUAGGCAUGUCGGUGAUGCAUAAAAAUGUGACGUAUAAUUGCAGAGUGGCUUUCUUGAAUCGGCGGAUUUUACUAAUCCGGCCGAAAAUGCGGCUAUGCGAAGACGGCAAUUAUCGGGAAAGCAGAUGGUUCUCUCCUUGGACGAAGGAGCGUACAGUUGAGGAUUACUUCCUACCGCGCAUGAUAUCACAAAUUACCGGCCAGACUAUAGUGCCAUUCGGUGACGCAGUUAUUGCAACCAGAGACACGUGCAUCGGUUUCGAAAUAUGCGAAGAACUUUGGCAUCCAGCCAGUAAUCAUAUUCCGAUGUCAUUGGACGGCGUGGAAAUCAUUGCGAAUGGAAGCGGAUCGUAUUUCGAGUUACGUAAAGCCUACGUAACUGUGGAUCUUGUUAAAUCGGCCACUUUCAAAGCCGGUGGCUGCUACAUGUUCAGUAAUUUACGCGGAUGUGACGGUGGAAGACUCUAUUUCAACGGUGGCUCCAGCAUUACGCUCAAUGGCAACAUAUUAAAUCGCGGAAGGCAAUUCGCUCUCGAAGACGUGGAAGUAACAGUCGCCACGUUCGAUCUCGAGGAUAUAAGGAACUAUCGAAAUAGUAUCAGAUCGCGCUCACAUGCGGCGGCUGCAUCGCAAAGUUAUCCGCGCGUCAAAGUUGACUUUGCGCUUACGCCGGAGAAUCUUAUCUCGAAUCCGCCGGAUCGACCGCUCGACGGAGUUCAGGAUGUGUACGGUGACGACGGGCAAUCAAAACUUGUAUACCACACUCCGGAAGAAGAGAUUGCGAUGGCACCUGCCUGUUGGUUAUGGGAUUAUCUAAGACGAUCUUGUCAAGGUGGAUUUUUCUUACCAUUGAGCGGUGGUGUCGAUUCGUCGUCUUCAGCGUGCAUAGUGUAUUCCAUGUGCAAAAUGAUCGUCGAGUCGGUCAGUAAGGGAGACGCGCAGGUUUUGGCGGACAUCAGGAAGAUUGUUGGCGACUGUGAAUACAUACCAGUAGACUCAAAACAAUUGUGCAACACUAUCCUGGUUACGUGCUACAUGGGGACAGAAAAUUCAUCGACGGAGACCAAGGCAAGGGCAGCCGAGCUGGCCAGUCAAAUAGGCUCCUAUCAUCAUGGCAUAGUCAUAGACACUGCGAUAUCCGCGAUUUUAGGGAUUUUCCAACAUGUUACUAAGUUAACACCGAAAUUCAGAGUACAAGGAGGAUCUCCUAGAGAGAACUUAGCCUUGCAAAAUGUACAGGCUCGAUUACGAAUGGUUAUCGCUUAUUUAUUCGCUCAAUUAAUGUUGUGGGUCAGAGGCCGCCCAGGUGGCCUUUUAGUACUAGGAAGCGGUAACGUGGAUGAAGCCUUACGAGGCUAUCUCACCAAAUACGACUGCAGCAGUGCUGAUAUUAAUCCCAUCGGUGGCAUUGCGAAGAACGACUUGAAGAAGUUUCUUCUGUACUUUAGACGCAAACACGGAAUAUCCGCUUUAGACGGAAUCCUGGAAGCACCACCUACGGCGGAAUUGGAACCGCUGCAAGCGGGACAGCUCGCGCAAUUGGAUGAAGUGGAUAUGGGUAUGACGUAUAAGGAGCUGUCGGUUUUUGGACGACUUAGAAAGCAGAAUUGUGCCGGUCCUUUCUCCAUGUUUUGCAGACUUGUGCACAUGUGGGAUCAUUGUACUCCGAAAGAAGUUGCUGAUAAGGUGAAACACUUCUAUAGAUGUUACGCGAUAAAUCGUCACAAAAUGACGAUAUUGACUCCAUCUUGCCAUGCGGAAACAUAUAGCCCCGACGACAAUCGAUUCGACCACCGUCCAUUUCUAUAUAAUCACUCCUGGAAGUGGCAGUUUGCGGCAAUCGAUGAACAGGUGAAACGAUUCAGCAGCGAAGACAAAUCAUCCGGACCACGUAAGGUUGCGCCGAAAGUGCUUGCCAAGCCCAGACACAUGCCUACAUUCAGCUCCGUAAUUAGUAAUAAGACGCAUCCUGGAGUAGUAGUUUAACCGUAGCCGUAGCACUCUUAUCAUUUUGAUAUUGCAGCGCUGCAUCAGAUGACAAGCUGGGCGCGAAUUAUUCUGUGCGAUUGUGGAUUUUAUUAUCGAGCAAUUGCUCUAAUAUUAGCAUUUAGGAAUUUUUUGUGAGCAACGAAAUCAAAUAGCAGAUAUUUUAUAAAAGUUGGAAAAUAUUCUAUAAAAUUAUUAAAACUUAAAAAUU